AUGGGCGAAAACUCUUCGGGACCACGGGCGCAGGCCUCGGCUGACCUGGCUUCGGAGUUGGUCAGCGUGUUUGAGUGUCCCGUGUGCCUCGAUCCCGUCAUGCCGCCCAUCGCCCAAUGCGUGAACGGUCAUCUGCUGUGCUUCCCGUGUCGGAACAAGAUCACCGUGUGUCCACUGUGCAGGGUAGGGAUCAGCGAUGUCCGUGCCUUGUCUAUGGAGAAAGUGGCGGAAAAGCUUCCCUACUCGUGCAAGUACUCGGAAUAUGGCUGCCCCGCUCAACUACUCUUGAUUUCAAAACCGGAUCACGAGAAGGCGUGUGAUUUCAGGUCGGUUAAUUUUGCUUAA